AUGUCUGUCAAAUACAGUUCCUUGCCGUCUCAGGAUGAGGGCCAAUUGUGCACAUGUAGUCACAAGAUUGACCAUCCUGUUUCCUCACGAUGGAGGGUGAAUAAUCCUUCUUCCGGGUCCAGAUACUUGCUCUAUUCUUUUUCCUUGAACGGCAUCUUGCUACUUUCCCUGGUCUUGUCUUGGGCCUACUUGUAUUCCGGUCGAUCCCCGUACCAGGGUUCUUCAGAUGAAAUCAACCUCAUGUGGGAGGACCUUUAUAAUGAAUUCGCCAUCUCUCUGAUAACAGGCGAGGAGGCGGCUCGUCUGCCUAAUGCCACCUCCCCAAUGGCCCAAGAACCCACCAAAUACAUGGUCCAGCUUGACGUCUUUCAUCAGCUUCACUGCCUCAACCUUAUGCGAAAGCUCGUAUAUCCUUCGGUAUUCAAUCUUGACUUGACGUCAGGGUCAGAAGAAGCAGAGGAGAAUUUGGAUCAUUUCGAGCACUGCUACGAUUCCCUGCGGCAAGCGUUGCAGUGUAACGCGGAUUUAAGCACAAUCUACUAUGAAUGGGUGCCAGAAAGGAAUAGGCUGGUAGGUAACUUGGCGACAACGCAUACCUGCAAGAACUAUGAUUCAAUUGUACAGUGGGCAAGAGAUCGUCAGUACAAGGGGCCUCUUGAUUACACAGCCAAGGUGGAAGGGGUUCCUAUAAGGCAUGUUUCGCAUGUUUUGGGUGGGGAGAGCUCACAUCAUCACAUGUAA